GUGCGUGUGUGCGUAAAGAGAGCUAACACACACACACACACUCUCACACACUUAACAUUUGGACACAACAUGGCGAUGAGGCGCCGAGAGACACGACGACUCUUCCCCGACUAACACGACCACGUUAUGUACAUAGGUUGGGGAAGCGCGCGACAGGGAAAUAAUUACGUGAAAUUACGCGCAACUAAUUAAACCUGAAGAGAUCUUUCCCCUCUCCGAAUUCCAUUAUAUGCAUGUAGCUGUAGCGGUCAUAUAAAGCAAGCACUGCUUUACCCCGCUGCUGGAAAUCAAACGCUGUACAUGGCGGUGGAGAAUAUCUUGUUCUUCUGUCUACUUUCUCUGGGUUACUGUGGAUUAUCCGUGCAAGAGAAGCCUGUAUCAGUGGAGCUGAGCUGCGGUGCUGGCCCGGUUCAUGUGGUUUUGGAGCCUGAUCACCCUCUGCUGCUGGACUGCCAUCUGGGGGCCAGUGAGCCCCCGCUCAACGUGACCUGGCUGCGGGAUGGAGUUGUCCUCUCCGAGAGCCAGACCAUCCGGCCUCUGCCCAACGGCUCCCUGCUCAUCUCGGCUUCCUCAGCGGAUGGCCCAGCUCCAGCGGGUGUGGAGGGCGGAUACAGAUGCCUGAGUAGCAGCUCCACAGGGGCUCUGACCAGCCGAACCCUUAGCCUGCAUCUCGCCAGCUUGUCCCGUUUCCUUCAGGAUCCCGAGCCUCAGAUUGUGCCUGUAGGUGGCACCGCCCGCUUUGAGUGCUAUGUAGAUGGCUUGCCUACUCCGAGUAUUACCUGGGAGAAGGACCAGGCAUCCCUACCUGCACCAACAGAGUCGCUAGAACCAUCCAGGUACAUAUCUCUUCCUAACGGAGUGCUGCAGAUUUUAGAGGUCUCCAAAGAAGAUGAAGGCUUGUACCGUUGUGUUGCCUUCAACUCUGCCCGCAAGCGCUUCAGCCAGGAUGCUUCUCUCACAGUCAGCCCAGGUCUGUCUCAGGAGAGUGAGGUGGUGAUUGUGGCUCCACCACAAAACUCUACAGUGGUCAUGGGACGUCCAGCAGUGAUGGAGUGCAUGGCUCAGGGUGAACCCAAACCCUUUGUGUCAUGGAGCAGACAGGAUGGCAAGCCUAUAGCUACAGAUGUUGUUGUCCUUGCAACAAACCUGGUGAUUCCUGACACCCGCAGUCACCAUGCUGGAGUUUAUGUGUGUCGUGCCAACAAACCCAAGACCAGAGAUUUUGUCUCAUCUCCUGCUGAACUCCGAGUACUAGCUCCACCCAUCAUCCUCCAGUCCCCAGAGGCGGUGUCUCUGUCCCGUGGGAACACAGCCCGGUUUGUGUGUAAUAGUUCUGGUGACCCCCCUCCUGCUCUGCGCUGGCUAAAGAAUGGAGAGCCGGUUCAGUCCAAUGCCCGGGUGAAGACCCAGAACCCUGGCGUUCUGCUCAUCAACCAGCUGCGACUGGACGAUGCUGGAUAUUACCAGUGUAUCGCUGCCAACAGCCUGGGCACGGCCUGCGCCACUGCCAAGCUGUCUGUGAUCGUGAGAGAGGGUUUACCCAGCCCUCCUCGCCAUGUUUCUGCCACACCUCACUCCAGCACCUCUGCACUGCUGACCUGGGACCCUCCCGAACACAACAGUGACCAGAUUAUCGGCUUCUCUGUUCACUACCAACGCACGGCAGGCUCAGACAACAUGGAGUAUCAGUUUGCGGUGAAUAACGACACCACAGAGCUGCAUGUGAAAGAACUGCUCCCUCACACAGCCUACACCUUCUAUGUAGUGGCCUAUUCACCCAUGGGUGCCAGUCGCCCGUCUCUGCCAGUCACUGUGGAGAUGUUUGAGGAUGUUCCCAGUGCUUCUCCCCAGCUGUCGUUGCUGAGCACGUCUCCCACUGACAUCAGAGUGAUGUGGCUGCCUCUGUCCUCACAGCUGAGCCGUGGAGCCAUCACUCGCUAUCGCAUCGAUUAUAGAGCACUGGAGCAGGUGGAUCACAUAUACUCUGUGGAAGUGGGUGGAAAUGAGACGCAGGUGACUCUUAGGGAUUUGAAACCAAAUCAAGCGUACCAGCUCCGGAUUUCUGCAGGAACACGGGCUGGUUUUAGUCAGUCUUCUGAGUGGGCUUCACACCACACACCAAACCUUACUCAGGUGCUCUUUGCUCCCACUGAGCUCAAAGUGAGAGCCAAAAUGCAUUCCCUCCAUGUCACAUGGCAGUCACCGCCCAAUCACACGCAGAUCACCGGCUACAAGAUUUCCUGGCGGGAGGUGGACGGAGACGAGCUGACCAAUGAGGAGAAGCCUGUGAUCAGCGAGAGGAUUCAGCAGAUCAAGCUGAGGAAGAGAGUUAAACACCACGAGGUCAUGGGCCUUGCUCCUGAUCGUAUGUAUGAGGUGAGGGUUUGGGCAUUUAAUAGGCAGACUGAGGGUUAUCCUGCUGUCUGGAAGGGCAGAACGGAGAAGCUCACACGAGUGCGGACGACAGACUCUCUCCCACCGCUUCCACCAAUCAGUGUUAGAGCUCGAGCGAACAGCUCCACCUCUAUCUGGCUCCGUUGGGAGAAGCCACACUUCAGCAAUGUGCGCAUCAUCAACUACACAAUACGCUGCAGCCCUGCAGGCAUUCGCAACGCAUCGCUGGUCUCAUACUAUACCAGCUCUUCUCAGGAGAUUUUGCUGGGAUCACUAAAGCCUUUCACUAGCUAUGAAAUUGCUGUGCAGUCUAACGGAGCUGAUAUGAGUGGCCCUUUCAGCAGCACAGUGGAGGAGUCCACACUUCCAGACAGACCCUCCUCUCCUCCUGUGGACAUGCAGUUAAGCGCUUUGGACUCAUUCUCAGUUCUGGUGAGCUGGCGCCCUCCGCUGGAGCCAAAUGGAGUCGUCCUGACCUACUGGAUCCUCUACACCCCCAACAUCAGCCAUCCAGAUCACCAAUGGACAAACCUCACACAUGAUGGUUACGUGACGAGUGCAGAGGUGCUGGGGCUGAUGAGCGGGACGCGUUAUUAUUUUAAGAUGGGGGCCUGCACUGAGGUGGGAGUGGGACCAUAUUCACCCGUGAAGGAUGUCUAUACACCUCCCAAAAAAUAUGAGCUGGAUAUUCAUGCUGUGACUGGUAUCAUAGUUGGAGUGUGUCUCGGUCUGCUCUGCAUCCUGCUCUGCAUGUGUAUCAGCUUCCGCAAUGGAAAAACCCGGGAUGUUGCUGGUGGGCUUGACUCGAGCUCUUUGAGUCCUCAGUACAGGAAGGGUUCUCGUCCAGUGCCUGCUGCUUCAUCUGCUGCUGCUGCUGUGCCCGACUGCAGUGACUGCCAUGAGCUGGAGACCCUCAUGCCCUCCAGUGCUCAAGAACCCAGCAGACCCCUCACAGAGCCCAGUGAGGAGCACAGUCUCAUGGGUAAUGUAGGAGCAGCUGAUGAUGGCCUUGCAGAACCCAAGCCAGCCUGGAAUGGAUCAGUUAGUCGCAACUGGGCCAACAGGAUCACGCGAUACAGAGAUACAAUAACUGAGGAUUCCUCUGCUCUUAUCAAUGGAGCUCUGGAGAGACCUCCAUCAGAAAACAAUAAGAGUGGGCAUGUGGAGAGGCUGUAUUCCCUCAGCAAGAACCAGGUGGAGGCUGAAGUCAUUGUGCAUUCACAGCUCUCCAACCAAACAGUUGACCAGGGGCCACAAAGCGACAUGGAGCUCUGUCUUGAGUCUCCAUCUUCUCAGCAGCCUUCUCCUGGAGAGAAGGCAACUCCAUCAAGCCCUCAUAGUGAGGACAACCAUGAGACUCAAUCACCAUCCCCGACCCCCAGCACUCACAUCUCUGAAGUACUGUCCAAUCACAAUGGACCAUUCGAGAGUGGACCGAUCGGUGCCAAAAACCAAGGAGUGGGGCUUACGAAUGGCUUCCACUCGUCCAAACCCCUUCGGUCAAAGGCAGAGACCUUGGAGAACGGGGCCCACAGACUGUGUUCCACAGGAAAGGUCCUGCCUUCACCGGGUCUCCCCGCUUCCCCUUCAUCCUUCACCAGCUCUGGCCUUGUCCAUUCUACCUCAGGGGCACACAGCUACGUGUUCCCCUAAGCUGGAGGGAAGAGAAAUGUAAUAAAAGUUGUUCUGGGACAACAGAGGAGGCCAACCAAGUGGCACCUUCCUGCUGGAGAAGUUGCUAUUUUUUCUUGUAGCCAAGCACGCCUCCUCUCUCGGCUGUUUUAUUGCAACCUUUUGGUUCCAUUAUUUUAUAUGUAUGUACAUAUAGAAUAUUUUUUUAGCACUAGUAUCCAUGGAUAUGCGUUUUAUGGCAUAUCAGUGGCACACUUUAAUCCCUCUUUGUGUGCAUGUAUUGAAUGUGCUGAAGUGGUUUAUAUGUUUACAUGCACACAUGAAGUCGGAGUGUUCUUACUCUGAGGUCGAAGGAUUCUGAAAUCAGCCCUGCAUACGGAAACAGAACUCAUUCAUAGGAUUGAUCUCAGAUCAGUGCUAUUAGUUGAAGAUCCAUUGUGUCGAAGAAGAUUGCCCUGCCACAAAGUACCACCUCCUGCUGUCUCAGGGUUGCCACACAUACACAAACACACACAAAUCAGCGCAUUUAAAAUGUUUAGUAUUUUUUUCUUAACAAAACAAUUUUAUGUUUGAUGGGUUAGUUAACCCAGAAAGGAAAAUUUGCUGCUAAUUUACUCACUCUCAGGCCAUUCAAGAUGUACAGUAGGAGCCUUUUUCAGUAGAAAUUCAUAAAAUUCAAGUCAGUGAGUACUAUGUACUUUACAUCAAUGUGUCGACUGAUUAAGGCCGAUUAAUAACUUAUUGGACCCUGUGGCAUAGGAAACCUCAUUUAUUAAAGGGCCCCAUUUAUUUUUUUGCCACAUCAAAGUAUUUUUUGC